UGUUGGCAGAAAAAAAUGAAAAGUUGUUGGAAUUUGUUGAGUAUUUUGGUUUUGAGUUCAUUUUUAUCAUCUACAUUGGCAGAUUACACAUGCUCUCCAUCAAUAACUAUCAAUCCGCCGGUCAAUAUUUCAAAUGCGUGGUUUUAUCCAAAUACUUGGAACGAUAGUCUUCCAGCUCCAACUUAUGCAGCUGGUCAGAAUUGUUCAUGGAUUAUAAAUAUCCCGAAAGGAAUGUAUGCAUGGGUAAGCGUGAAUGCUUCAACAAAUACACAGUCAUCUCUAACACUUGUGGACUCAGUUAGUUAUUCGACCAGAAUUGAGGACGCUGGCUUGGAACCAUUUUUCCUGCUAGAUCCAUCAUUCACAGUUACCCUUCAAGCGGUGCAAAUGGGAACAUUUGGAAUAAGAGUUCAGUGGUAUAACGUGAGACCAGUCAUCGCAACAAGUUGGUCUGUGCGCGCCAACUCAAGUCCUUUGGCAUUGUAUGCUGGUGAUUUUGAUAACUCCACGGUUAUUCGGGCGGAUACACAAGUUUCUCUACUUGCAACUCAUCCUAGAAUAUUUGGCACAAACUACUUCCUCAGAGCAACACAAGUUUACGAUGGCCCAUCAAUCAAUUCAACUCAUUUGGGAAAUUUGUAUCAAGUAUUGUCGUCAGGCAAGAACUUGGUCUCAAGUGGAACAUAUUUGACACUCUACAGUCUUCAGUACGGAUUGACUGUCGGAAAUGCGGUUGUCCUUCAAGACUACACCAAUGUAAACCAAUUCAAGUCAUAUCAGGCGGUUUAUUGUACAAUACCUGAUGCGUGUCCAGUAUCCCUUGAUGCAACUAAUGGAACGGCAGCGGCCAUUCAUUUCAAUGAAUUAUUCUUUGUGAAACAACUUUCAAUGGCAACAAACAAUACGAUGUCGGUAUACACAAACUAUUUUUCCAAUUCCAAUAAGCUGGCCGAUUACACCUAUUCAAACUAUUUGACUAGUAUUCCUCAGAAGUUCCCUGGAACAUUCACGACAUUCGUUCUGGACAACGAUCAUGCCUCCUUCCAGUUGGCGUCGACUGCUUUAAAUGCUGAUUGGAGCUCUGCUGUGGACGGUCGUAGAGGAUUCUUCUCCUCCGCCAAUUAUGGAAUAAUAAAUUCAAACCAAGAUUUUGAUGACCAAGUAACUGCAGUAAAGUAUUCAAAUAUCAGUUACACAGUUGAUCGGCCUGCACUUUUUGGACAAUCAACUCUGAAUGUAACUAUCACUUACAAGCAAAACAUUGUAUUGAAUAAUGUAUACACCGUCUCCAAUUAUCCAGGGCCACCUGUCUAUGCCCUUGGAGACUCUAUCACCGUUAGUUAUAAAUUGAAUGGUGGUGUCUCUUCUGGACCGUUCGUAUCAUUUGGGUUUGAUAGUUAUAGUUCUGCAUCAACACAUGGAAUCUUCGUCACGAUCGUCUUGGCAGUUUGGAUGAUAAUUUCCUUAUAAGUAACUUUUCUUGAUAUUUGUUGUUCAUCUGAAUAAAAUAAUUAAUGUUUCAAA